CCUGGGAAGUGUAGUCUGGCCCGAACUCGGACGCCCCCUCGGAUGGAUGGGCCCCCGCUGCCUGCGAGCUACAGCUCUUCCUCCGCCAGCGUCGGUGGCGGCCGCGGGGAAGGGGGUGACUGCGGCGGCCCGAGGAGAGCAGCGUUCCGGGACGGUGGUGAUGUUCAGUGCCGCGGCGAAGCGGCAGCCAGGCUUCCUGGGGUAGCGGUCUAGGCGGGCGCUUCCUCUGCGCGCUCGCUUCCUCUCCGCCGCCCGGCCAUGCACCCGGCCUUCGCGGUGGGCCUGGUUUUCGCAGGCUGCUGCAGUAACGUGAUCUUCCUAGAGCUCCUGGCCCGGAGGCAUCCAGGAUGUGGGAACAUUGUGACGUUUGCACAAUUUUUAUUUAUUGCUGUGGAAGGCUUCCUCUUUGAAGCUGAUUUGGGAAGGAAGCCGCCAGCUAUCCCAAUAAGGUACUACGCCGUGAUGGUGACCAUGUUCUUCACCGUCAGCGUGGUGAACAACUACGCCCUGAACCUCAACAUCGCCAUGCCGCUGCACAUGAUAUUUAGAUCCGGUUCCCUAAUUGCCAACAUGAUUCUAGGAAUUAUCAUUUUGAAGAAAAGAUACAGUAUAUUCAAAUAUACCUCCAUUGCCCUGGUGUCUGUGGGGAUAUUUAUUUGCACUUUCAUGUCAGCAAAGCAAGUGACUUCCGAGUCCAGCUCGAGUGAGAAUGAUGGAUUCCAGGCAUUUGCAUGGUGGUUGCUAGGUAUUGGGGCACUGACUUUUGCUCUUCUGAUGUCAGCAAGGAUGGGUAUUUUCCAAGAGACUCUCUACAAACAAUUCGGAAAACACUCCAAGGAGGCUUUGUUUUAUAAUCACGCCCUUCCACUUCCUGGUUUCAUCUUCUUGGCAUCUGAUAUUUAUGACCAUGCAGUUCUAUUCAAUAAGUCUGAACUGUAUCAAGUUCCAGGCAUUGGUGUGACAGUGCCCAUCAUGUGGUUCUACCUCCUCAUGAAUGUCAUCACUCAGUACGUGUGCAUCCGCGGUGUGUUCAUCCUCACCACAGAGUGCGCCUCCCUCACCGUCACGCUCGUCGUGACUCUCCGCAAGUUCGUGAGCCUCAUUUUCUCCAUCUUGUAUUUCCGGAACCCUUUCACCCUGUGGCACUGGCUGGGCACCUUGUUUGUCUUCCUUGGGACCCUCAUGUACACAGAGGUGUGGAACAACCUGGGGACCAGCAAAGGCCAGCCUCAGAAGGAGGACAAGAAGAACUGACGCCUGCCUGGAGCUGAGAGACCGGAGGCAGAGGGGAGCCGGAUGCGGCCACCAUUUCACCUUGGUUCGUGCCGAAUUACCCCCCACGCAUCGAACCAGCCCUGCACCAGAGAAUCCUCAGAGAGGGGACUUCUCGGGUUUCUCAUGACUAUAAAGAUGGCAUUUAUGGACUCUGGAUUAGAAGCCCCUCAACCCUGAAACAGAAAAAACAGUUCUCUAUGGUUGAACAGCCGGUCCAUUUGGUGUAUGUUUUGUUUACCAGAAUAUUCAGCACUGUGCUUACUGACGUCUGCGUCCCCAGAGCUGCUGGUUUUACAUCCGUGGUCUCGGACAAGAUGAUCCCUUUUGUUGCUGUUCUGAAGAUUCCCGGCCACAACAGUCAUUAUGCUUCUGUGGCCUUGUCCCCUUGUUCUGUCACCCUGCCACCCCUCAGCAGAACUUUUCAGUCAGUCAGACACUUGAGGCACCUUCACCAGGAACAACAAGUGGCCAAAGGAACAGAGACACGGGUGACCCUGGGGCUGGACCUUCUCUGCUGUGCUGGGAGAGAAGUGGUCGUCCCCAGGAGCCCUGCCGACACCGGAGCAGGCCCGGUGGGAAUCCUUUUCCACGUUUUGCUGGGGUUUUUUUUCCUACGCAGAAGUCAUACGCUUUCACACCUCCUGUGUUCUGUACUUAGAACAAACCUGCAGCAUCCCUCUAUGGCUCAACAUUAAUAAGAAAGAGAGGUUGUGUAUGAAUUAGGAAAGACAGACAUUUCCUCCCAGCCUUCUACAUGCAGCCCAUCAGCCUGGAGCUGAGAUGGUUAACGCCAGGAGAAGCCUGGCCCUGGUGGCACCCAGAGAGCCACGGCUCCCCUGCCGGGCUGGUUCCAAGUGGGCAGGUCUUUGAAAGGCUUCUUACCCAGAGAGAUUCAGCUCUGCCCGGCAUCUCUGAUAGAGUCAUGACCAGUCAGGCUAAUGAGUAAACCCGUUUCUAGUGGGUGUGAUGCGUCAAUCGGGCCAAAUCACAACCAACAUGGAAAGUUUUUCUCGUUAUUUAUUUUUUUAAUAAGGCAUCUUAAUGUUCUUGAUCACUAUGCGGGGGUAUGUGGUUUAUUAUAUGUAGAAACAUGACCCUCUUUUGCUAAUCAUCUCAAAGGUCCAAUUUUCCUCCCAUGUGAUACUUUUGAGAGAGAGGACCAGGGUCAGGGUAGUGUGUGUAGGUGUGUGUGUGUGCUCUUGUGUGGUUUGUGAUCACUCAAGAGGAGAAUGGAGCACAGAAGUGAGUGUUUUUAUCUCUGUUCUUCACUUAGCCUGGGCCUCCACCGCCUCACCCAGGUACGUGCUCUGGAGGCCAGCAGACUCACCAGCUCCUCUCUUUGCACCCGGACAGAGGCCUCUCCUUUUGCACUGGAUGCAGGCUGUGUUCUUAGAUCAAGAGGCUGCUCCCUGCGUCUCCUGGGCUCGCCCAGGGGGUGGUGUGUUUAUUCCACUGUCGAGCUGUUCUCUGAUAGGGUCUGAGAUAAGUGUCCUAGAACCACUGGGUCACUUUGGGGAGGUCUCUUAAGCUGCCUUGGGGUUUUUGAUACCUAAAAUGUGGCUACUGUUUCUCCAAAGUUAGAGGGUUUUCAGAUCAAUUUGUUGAUCUGGACAUGGACAGCUGUGCGGUGCCAGUGAGGGUCUGUGCUAAGCGAUGCUGAAUGAGGCGCGAACCUGUGCAUGGACUCGAAAGGUACUGUCCUUGAACUAUGUAGAGGUCCUCAGACUGAUGGUGCUAUGAAUACCACGUGUUAAAUACCCUCUUAAACAACAACAAAAGCUACUUUUCUUACUGUUUCAUAGCAGAACCUGUCCCUCGGGGCUGUUUGGUAGCUGCAUAUCUGGAGUCUUGACAGGAUAACUCUGGACAAAGCUUUACAUUUAUAGUAAUCACCCUUUUUAUGUCGAUGGGAAAUGUUACCUUUCCUAGUAACCGAAACAGUGUUGAUGUACACAGACAGCAUUUAACUGAGCCGAUUAGGUUUUAAAUUCUGGUUUUAGUGAAUAUGUGUUCCUCUCAGUCUGAAUACCUCUGUUGGUCUUAUUAACAGGAGGAUACGUGUGGGCAGAUGAGGGCCCGCGUACAACACAAUGAGCGCGUGUAAGAACAGGAUGCCGGACGUGCUGUGGGAAUUGGCUUUUAUCUCUCGUCUUUGGAUAUAAGGAAAUACAUCUAACAGACACCAGUUAAUAUUUUUAAAAACAAUUUAUUCCCCUUGGUUAACUUAGUUUUCAAUCCAGGCUGAAAUUGAUUUCAGCCCCUUUUAAAAGGGAAAAAAAAAACGUUUUGCAGAGGGUCAGAUACCUACUAACUGGAGGAGAAAGGUCUCUUAAAGUCGUCUCCUCUUUCUCUGGGUCAAGACUAUGUAAUUUUGUGCCCCACAGAUAGAGGGUAUAGUUUGUUAACAAAACCCUUAGAAGAUCAAAUAACAAAUGAGACCAGCCAGAAAACAUACUGUGUGUGUGUGUACUUCUGUGCCCACUUCGCAGCUUGACCAGAGUCCUAGAUGAGGUAACAGGAGAAAACAGUGGACAUGUGAAUUAUUUUAAUUUAAUGUCUAUUCUUUACUACAAUUCUUGUCACAUUACAAACGCUUUUUCAUUUUUUAAUAGGAAUUUAUUUUGACCCUUUAUUUGCUUUUUUAUCCAACUAAAACCAUUAAUGCACUUGAUAAGUUUCUAUCAAGUUCUAAAGUAUUUAGACACAAUUCAAAUAGUUGGAUUUUUUUUGUACCUUCUUCCUGCCUAGUUAUCCAAAAUGAAAUGCUGUGGAGCUUGAAUUUGGUCAUUGCGUCAAGUGAAGAAAAACCGUGAAAGCUGAGUUGGUCUGUGCCACUUCCACCAAACCUUUUCCAUUCUUCUGGGAAGAUGACCUGAUAUAUUUUAAGGAUUCUAAUAAAUACCUUGUGGUCAUUUCCUGAGUGCCUUUCCUCCCUUCUGCAUAUAUUUUUUAACUUCCUAACCCCCAUGUCCAGUUUCUUCAUCAGCCUCCGUUCACUUGGAUACUUUUCUGCUGAGUAACAGCUCUAUUCUUGUAUCUGUUUAUGCCUCUAUUCUUUGGGGCUUCUGGGUGUUUUUGUGGAUUUUUACAGGGUAUAUAUAUCUGUGUAGCAUGUAUUUUGUUAUACACUGUUAUAAGCACUGAUACUGGGGUGGGGGUGUCUGUGAGGAUGAGAAUAUCUGGCGGAAUAUAUGAGUAUAUGUGUAAUGAGUAUGAAUGUGAAGGGUUAAUGUAAAAAUGUUAAUAUUUUCUGUUACAGCUCAGGGUGGGGCUGAGAAUCCUUACCACCGUUCCUGUCUGUAUUUGGAAAACAGUAGUUUUCAUACUUUACUCUUUUUACACUACCUCCAGCUGAUUUUGCUCGCAGUGCCAGAUGCCUGUGGUGAGGGGAGGUGGAAAACACCAGGUCGGGAAUAACCGUAAACCAGUAAAUUAGCUCUGGGCCAGUGGACGUGCUCAUCGGUGGACCAGCUGGCAUGGCAGACAUUGUAGCAAAGACCUGAGCAUCUGACAGAUGCACAUGGAGAAGAAUGGCAUGGAGAUCUGAAAUCGAGAUCCUCCAUUUGUUGUAGUUUUUUCUCUUUGGCUAGGAGUAAAUAGAAUUAUGAGUAAUUCUGCCCUUAUUAGAUAAACAAAGCAUUUUAUUCUCAAUAGCUUUAUCCUGAAAAGUGUGCGGGGAACUCAUCUGUGACAGUUCAUUCUUAGGUUGAAAGAACUGUCAGUAUAGAUAAAAUCCAUUGUUACUAACUGAUUGGUGUGACAUUUGAAAAUAAGUAUAAACAAUAUUUGUCAGUAAAAGAACUAGUCAUAAGUGUCGGAAUACAUUCAGUAUGUACCGGGCUGGGGUGGGAGACUCUGUAGUGUGCUCUUUCUAGCAGCUUCUUCACAGUGGACAGUGCAGAGAAGAGAGGGACCAGGGAUGACAUCUCACUCAGUUCUGUACUGCCAGCCCCUGCACAGAGUCUGACUUGCAUCCCAGGAGUAAAUGAACGCUUGCUAAGAUCUUAUUCCCUCACCUGAUGAUGGCUUCUAAUUCCUGUUCCCACUCUUCAUCAGCUGGUUGGCAGGAACACAAAUAAGAGGAAACAUUCCUAAGGUUCUAAGCCAGAGACAGAAGGGAGGAUAUACACCAGGGAUGGGGGGGGGUGCAGCUUUUGCUCUCUGGUUACCUGGUGCGAGGAGGGCAGAGAAUUAUAGACUUAGCGUCUUACAUCAUUUGGUGCUCAGUGCAGGGACAUGCCCUCAGGGUUCUAUUAGGAUUCUUAGAAGUUUCUGAAGUAGGCUGCUUGGGGUGACCCUUAACCUCACCAUAGGUAGUUGGUUUGUAUUGGCUGGUGCCUGGGGCACAUUGUCCUUUUGUCGUCUCGGUAUCAUGCUGACACCACUUCCCUGAGCUUUACCUAUGAAAUCACUAAACAUCCUACCAAAUUUCCUCAAUUUCAAUCAAGUAAGGCAAGCUACAAGGGUACCACAGAUAGGUAGGGGGGAAGAGCUUGGUCUACAUUUAGAAGUCAUGACUUACAUUUUUUAAAGGAGAAGGCUGUAACAGUUCCUUGGCACAUUGAAUUAUUUAUUUCUUUUCAGAUGUAAAGAAGACUCCCGUGAAACAACAAGAGAAGCAGUAGUUACUCCCCAGAGCAAUAAAACUGUCUUUGUGUAUCACUUGCAAUCACAAGUCAUUUCUGUGCUAGUUGCUUUCAUUCCAGAGAAUGGUAUCCUCCUCCAAAAAAGAGGAUGAUUUUCAAAGUAGGAUUUCCUAACAGAUUAUGUGGCGUGGGGCUAGGGGAGGGCUGGUGGGGAUUUGAUUUAUUCAGCCUCUGAGCUCUUGAUUCAGCAUUACAAUUUAAGAACAAAGAUUGGAGGAGGAGGAGGGACUAGACAGCGGUGGAGGAUGUAGAACAUUAGUGAGCAUUCAGAUUUUGAGCUGUGUAAAUAUCAAAUGUCGGCUUCCAGCCUUAUGAGUUAUUUGAGCAGAGAGUUAAGAAGGAAAGGAAGAUUCUGAAUAAAAUGUUUGGCCCAACAAAUGGAAUGAGUCUUUUUACCAUGAUUUCUCACAAAGAGCAAUUUUCUACCUUCUGAAACAACUCAUCAGACACCUGGUUUUUAUCUUAAAUUGUACAACCAUUGUUUCUUAAUAAAAGUGAUACAUUUCUUGCA